ACCCAAAGCUUUGUCCUUCUCAUAAACUUUCCUUUUUUUUUUUUUCUUUUUAAACAGGCGACGACCAGUGAAGACGACGGCUCCUGAGGCUGUACAGUGCGCCAACAUUGCGUGAAAACGCAUCUCUCUCUUCACAAAUCAAUUUUCAAUUCCCCCUUUUGGAGAUUUGGUUAUCUACCCACUGUCAUUGCCACUCUCUUUCUCUCCCACUUCUUCUUCUUCUUCUUCUUCUUCUUCAUCUUCACUGUUUUUGUUCUAAUGGCAUCUCUUUCAGUCAGAGUAUAAUGGAAUUUUAAAACCCCGUUUACCCCAUUAACUGCCCACAUGAUUCGUAUGUUGUGGAUUCGUAUGCUGUGUGUGUUUUUGUGCAUACAAACUUCUUUCCGUUUCCAUUUUCAAUCCAAAAUCACACUCUCUCUUCCGUCCUUUUGAAUCCACAACACGACACCCAUCUCUCUCUCUCUCUCUCUCUCUCUCUCUCUCUCUCUCUCCAUGUUUUCAUGAAAUCCGUGAAAAUAAUUAAACUAGGGAUAAUAUGAACCUUCUUCUUCUUCUUCUAAUUCUUCUUCUUUUUCCUUCUCUUCGAUUUCAAAUUCCCUCUGUUUUGGUUGGUGCUUCUUCUUUUGAACUACUUCAACAAUCUCCUUCUCCCAUUUCUCCAUUUUUGGAUUCAAUGACUGCUUCUUCUCCAGGGAUUCCGAUGGGAAUGGAGACUCUUACAAAUGAUACACACAAGAAAAUGCUUAUUGCCCUUAUCGUUUGUGCUUCAUUCGGUGCUGUGUUAGUGGUUUCACUGUUUUUAUGGAUUUAUUAUAGAAGAAACUCCCCCAACUUCCAUAAACGAAACGGUCAGAGCUCAGAUACCGAGAAGGGUGUUGUUGGGUUAGCUCCGAUAUUGCGUAAAUUCAGCUCAAACAAAAUGAUGGGUAACAAUAAAGUAUCUGUUCCACUCAUUGAUUACGAGGUGCUGGAAAAAGCCACCAACAUUUUCGAGGAAAGUAACAUUUUAGGGGAGGGUGGAUUUGGAAGGGUUUACAAGGCUCGUUUAGAAGAAAACUUAUAUGUCGCUGUAAAGAAACUUGAAUGUACCGAUAAGGAUUCCGAGAAAGAAUUUGAGAAUGAAGUUGAUCUAUUGAGCAAAAUUCAUCACUCAAACAUUAUUCGCCUUCUGGGUUACACCAUACAUGGGGAAUCAAGGCUUCUUGUUUACGAGUUAAUGGAAAAUGGAUCACUAGAGACAUUGUUACAUGGUCCUUCACAUGGAGAGGCAUUAACAUGGCACAUGCGCAUGAAGAUUGCUCUUGAUGCAGCUAGAGCAUUAGAAUAUUUGCAUGAGCACUGCAAGCCAUCAGUAAUACAUAGAGAUCUGAAAUCCUCCAAUAUUCUUUUAGAUGCAAACUUCAAUGCCAAGCUUUCUGAUUUUGGCUUGUCUGUCAUUGUUGGAGCACAAAACAAGAAUGAUAUAAAGCUUUCUGGAACGAUGGGUUAUGUUGCUCCUGAAUAUCUUUUAGAUGGUAAAUUGACUGAUAAAAGUGAUGUCUAUGCUUUUGGAGUUGUGCUUUUGGAGCUUCUUUUAGGAAGAAGGCCUGUUGAAAAACUGGCACCAUCUCAAUGUCAAUCCAUUGUCACAUGGGCUAUGCCUCAACUCACUGAUAGAUCAAAGUUACCUGAUAUCGUUGAUCCGGUGAUCAGACACACAAUGGACCCGAAACAUUUAUUUCAGGUUGCUGCUGUCGCUGUGCUGUGUGUGCAACCGGAACCUAGCUAUCGUCCCCUAAUAACAGAUGUUUUGCACUCUCUUAUUCCUCUUGUUCCUGUUGAGCUAGGAGGUACUCACAGAUCAUCAACAUCACAAGCUCCUGUGGCUCCAGCUUAGCUAUUGUUUGGUGGGAGAAAGUGAGAGAGAAGUGUUUGAUGAUACUGCAGCACUGGUUCAAGGGUUCUUCAAAGCUCAAAUAUACGAUUCUUUCAAUCAUAUUUGUUCUUAUUUCUGCAAAUAUGGUUGCUGGGGUGAAUGAUAUGAAAACCAAUUGCUAUUGGUGCUUGGUUCAAAGCCUUGUGAGGACUGGUGGAAUGUUACGCUACAUGUAUUUCUUUUAUCCUCCUCAAAAGCAAUAAAAAUGUAUAACUUUGGGUCAAAAGAAUGCAUUUCUUUUUUAAAAAAGGAUUUUGUGUACAUGAACCGAGGGACACUCUUAGAAGUAAUAUACUUUCCUAACCCUUUGAAAUGCCAA